AUGAGUGCAGAGGUCUCGUGGUUGAGAGACCAGUCACCUAUUCAUCAUGGCACAAGGACACCAGUCCGCUCAUCUGAUACUCCAGAACCCAGCACCCCUACACUGGUAAACCCUGCCUCGGCUCUGCUACAGGGGCUACUGAAAGAAGAACGCGCACACCGAAGCUCCCGUGGAACCAUAUCGGAGGAUUAUAAAGAAAAUACUCCUCAAACCCCCGAGACCACGCGGAACCAGGAUGAUACCGCGUCAGAAAAAGCACGCAAAGCGAAUGACGUCUUCUCUGCUGGCCAGAGAAAACCGAAAGAAAUGGGGAUGCGGGAAAUGGACCAAUAUGUCUCGAAAAUGAACAAGCUCAAUUUCGAUUUGAAGCUCGAGGUCUUCCACCGCACGCAGCAGAUGGCUAUCCUUGAAAAGAAGCUGGAACGGAUGGUGGAGAUGGAAGAACAAUUGGCGCACAUGGACGAUUUGGUAGCAGAAGUGGAGGAGCUCCGAACUACCGAGAAAGACAACCAGAUCCUACGUGAAUCCAACGAGCAACUCCGUAUUGACCUCGAUAAGCGAGACCUGGCUGUUACCGAAGCCGUCGAGCUUAUCUGCCAAUUGGAAUCGAAACUUGACAUGCUGGAGAAUGGCGGCAGGGCCUCCAGGCAGUCAAUGUCACGCCCUAUGACCGCCGAUGGCUCCGAAGCCUUUGCACCACAAUCCCGGGCCAUGAUUGAAAUCCCAGAGAGAACCUCUUCCAAGCGAAAUUCAGGUGUCUUGAGCGUAGCUCAGCGCCAGACAUCUUCUGAGCUACGCAAGCUCUCGAAAGCGCCCUCCUUCCUACGCGCGGAUAACAAAAGUACUGCCACUUUGCGAAGCCUUUAUGCUCCUGAAGAAGAAACUCAGUCACGCUCUGCAAGGACUGAACUUUCGAAAUCGGAGAGCUUCCACACGACCACCGAGGUUAUGGAGCCCGAGUCUCCCAGAUUGAGCGUCCUAAGCGAAUGUAGUGAGCUGAAUCCGUUCGACACGCCUACGAGGUGGGAAGACUUUGAACAACUCGAGAUCCCUGUUCGGAGAUCGUUGUCGACCUCAGGCAGCUUGGAUAGCUAUGUUCCACCGAGUGGGCGGGAAGAAAGUAAAGAAGACCAGAUUGAUCGGUGGAUUCGGUCCCGCGAAGAAGUAAACCAGACUAUCAUCACGAGACGCCGAAACCGAGCAUCAUCUGAUGCCACUAAGGCUAGCAUCCCCAGCUUUACACCAGACUUGUAUGCUCCCAAGCCACGUGGACGCGGACGUCUGGAUGCAUCUCUCUUCGGAGGCGUCAGGCUUCCUCCCACUCCUGAUACUAUGAGCACGGCAUAUGCUACCGGUGCAAACCGAUCGGACGGGUCAAAUAGGUCGCAUAGGAGCAUUACAGCCCGAACGAGCUCACAGACCGAGCAAGAUUUGUUUUUCCCUGGCAGGCGGGUUAAUCGCCCGCGUUCUGCGGAAGAAAUGGCGAGUCGCUACAGCUUCAAUGGCAGUGAGGUUGACGACAGCAUGGAAACCAACUGCAGUGAUACUCCGCGCCUAGGAGUCACAGCUCACGAGUCGCGCACUAUCUUGCCCUCCUUCAGCACUGUUUCCUCUAAAGCCAGUGCGCUUCUUGGGCCCGGAAGCCCCAACAACCCUGCUAUUGAGACCUUUGGAGAUAGAUACCACACAAAUGCCAACCAAGCAUCAACCCCAACAAUUAAACGUGUCCGUAGCCCAACUAAGGCUAUGACUCCGGAGCCGCGCACCAAUGAUCGCGACUCUUCAUCGCCACUCACACCUCAAGACUGGGUUGCCGCUGCAAAGCAGGGUCCACGGUCUCGCAAGCCCAAGCCGCGUGAGACCCGCCACGAAGUUCAACAGACAGAAAUGUCACCACGCACUGUCAUCAGUCCAGCUACAUUCCAUGAUGAUAGUAGCAUUGCUUCGGAUCCAACCGAGCCCGAGGUCACUGGUAUCCCAACUCUUGACAUGACCACUCUGGACAUCCUUGAACAACCCCUCGACCUCGCCCAGUCGAAGCCCAAGCCCGAAGCCAACCCCGAGCCCCGUCGACGCCUCAGCUUCAUACCCCCAUUCUUCAACCGCUCAGCCAACAACCCCCGUCGACUACAAGGCUCCCCGACUCCAAACGAUUUCGAAGACGACGAUGAAGACGGCGCCCCAUCCCCGGUAAUCCCCAAAACCAGGACAAUGGGCGGCGCCUCCCGAAGACCCAGGUCCCAAAUCAUCACCGCCCCAACUGACCUAUACUCCUCCAACCCCCCAAUCCACAAUGAUGAAUCGCUCUCAGCCUUUAGACCGCGAGGAGUUCCGCAAUCCUUGACAAUGUCAACACUUGCCGACCAACCCGGCUCUGCAACAGUCUCAGGACGCCCCUCCACAUCUCAUGGCAUUGACGUUGAACACAAGCGGCGCAGCUCACUGGGCAUCUUCGGCUGGAUGAAGAGUAAACGCUCUGAUUCAGUGUCUAUUCCGGGGACAGAGAAAUCCAAUGACUCUACGCAAAAAGAGAACCGCGCUCCCUCGCGUCUAGCCUACGAAACUACUCAUGGACUUGGGAUCCCCCGUGGCGACACGCCGGACUCAAUGGAGGCCCAUGUCAGACCUCACUCUGAGAUGGCUGUUUAUGCUGAUGACUAUGCGAGACGGCCUCGGUAUGUGGGUCGUCGUGCCCGCAGGGGCUGA